UCUCCCGAGCUCGUUACGAAGCCAUGCGGAGGGGAGUUUCGCUGUCCCAAAGGUUGCCUCUCCCUCCAGGUGACAGUGCAGGAUACUGAGCGUUACACCACCUUAUUUGCCAGUGUCAUCCUCAGGUGUGACUACAGCACCUCGGCUCAGCUGCAGGACGUGGUGGUGACCUGGCGCUUCAAAUCCUUCUGCAAGGACCCCAUCUUUGACUACUACUCAGCCUCAUACCAGGCUGGUUUAGCCCUUGGCCAGGACCCAUCUAACGACUGCAACGACAGCCAGCGCAAGGUGCGCAUUGUCAUCCAGAAGUACGGGCAGAAGGACCCCAUGCUGGGCAUCGACUACCAGCAACGGAAGAUCACCAUUCAGAACAAAGCAGACCUUGUCAUCACUGAGGUCAUGUGGUGGGACCACGGCGUGUACUACUGCUCUGUGGAAGCACCAGGAGAUACAUCAGGUGAUGCGGACAAAGAAGUGAAGCUGAUUGUUCUCCAUUGGCUUACGGUGCUCCUCAUCAUUCUCGGUGGCCUCCUUCUCCUUCUGGUGAUUGGAAUAUGCUGGUGCCAGUGCUGCCCCCAGUAUUGCUGCUGCCACAUCCAGUGUGGCUGCUGUCCAACCCGGUGCUGCUGUAACCAGGAAGUACUGGAACGGCAUCGGUUCAUAAAGCGGGCUCAGGCACUUGCACCUUGGAUAUCACCCAACAUGUUCUACGGAGGUGGUGACAGGAACUCAAAACUUUCCUCUUACCAGCUGAACCCUCUACUGCAACGAGAUGUUUCUCUGCAGAACAGUCUUCCACUAGUACAGCCACAAGCCCAGCUUUCCCAUAACAACGGUGUUUUGGACUAUCUGGAGUCUGAAAUCCAAAACCUCAACAUGUCACAGCUCCGGCCACCCUCCCACCAGCGGCAGGCUGUGCAGCCCAGCCUGCUGUCCUCCCUGGGCUCCGACAUCAUGCCACCUCCUCUCGCUGAUCACAUGUCCUCCAUCCAUGGGAGCAGCAACUCCUCACGGCCGCAAAGAGCCACCCGCACCCCCCGACCCUGGGACUCUGCAGCAGAGGACAGAAGGGAAAACCGGAGGUGGCCCGUGCCUUCCAGUGGGGAUUCUCAUUCCAGCCACAGUCAGGACAUGUGGGAGAGGCAGCGAGAGGAUCAUCCUCAGAGGCAGAGGACAGGUGGCUACAAUGGCAGGCCACAGUACUCCAGACGGGAUGUGUCGCCCGCAUGCCAAGCUGAGAGGGGCAAGAACAGCAGCAGCAGCAAUUUCUAUCCAGAGGAGGCCAAGGAGCGCUCCAGGCACCAUCGUGGCGGGAGACAGGAGCCCGCAGGGAGGCGAGAAUACGAGAACCACACUGGGAGGAGCAAUAACUCAGGCCAGCGGCAGCACAGCUACUCCCCCCCUUCUAGCAGGGGGUCAUGGAGCUCCUCAGAGGAUCAGGUCCAUGUCCCAGCGACAAACCGCAGGUGGAGGAACCGGUCUCGGGAAUGGCCAGAAGAUAAACCCCCCAGUUAUCGCUCCUUAGAAAUCAUCCCGAGUCAGGACAAGAAGCACAAAGGCAGAGCAGGGACACGCUCGGACGGAGCAAGUUCCCACAGUGGAAAAAGCAUAAUCAUUUAAUGUCAGUACUGAAAGAACUACGAUUCCCACUGGACUCCUCUUAGUUUUUUUACUAUAUGGCUUGGGAUGGCUGCUUUUGAUUGAACAGACAACAAGCAAUAAACCAGCAAUAAAACAGAUAAAGCAGCUUCUCCUUAGAUUUGCAACUCUGAAGAAUCUAUGACUCGUGCCCAUGGAAGCCAUACAUAACCCAUUUUUAUUCUUGCCGCGAUUGGAAACAGGUUUGCAGUGGGCUGUAGUUCAUUGCUAUUGGAAACAGCAGAUUUUUUUCAGUAAAUAGUGUACUGCUAAUCUGGAAAGACAGAUACCAAUUCUCUUUGUUAAGUGCACUGCAAGGAGCCCAGUCUGUAGAAUGCUGGUCCUUUGCACACCAGUUACCAGAGAAAGGCUCCAAUGUUCACAGAGUUGUAAAGUCACAAGACAGUAGAAUAAUUUCGAUUAGAAAGGGCCUCUGGAGAUCAUCUGAUCCGGUCCCCUGGGAGUCUGGUGUGGGGAGGCACAGCAUCUUCUUUCUAAGGCCCUUUGUUGUGCUUCAGAAUGUGUAAUGUUUGUUGCUUCUGCCUGGCUGCUCAGCACAGUUGGGCCAGUUGCUUCCUUUUGUCCCCACUAAGCCUCUCUCCCAAACAGGAGGAUCACGGUGUUGGAAGGAUGUUCACUGCCUUAAGAUCUCACUAACAGGUCUGCAAAUUUCCGGGUUAUCCACCCUUUACUGACUGAAACAAUCUGGCCUUCUUUAAGCUUAGACCUUAGUGCCUUAAAAGAUACUUGUUCUAGCCUUUCAUCGAGACUUGAAUUUAUUUGUAACUUAAAGGGCUAAAUUUACCAAGGUUUGGCCUUCUCUUCAGGGACUGAGUAAAGUGUAACUGCUGUCCCUUGCACCAUGGACAGAAUUUCCCUCAACUCGAGGAAGCACAGUUUUGGUGAAUAUAUCUUUCCUAAGCCAGGUACUCUUUUCCAUGCAUUUUAUAUUCUCCAUUUGCUCUCUAUGCCAUGUAUCAUAUACAUGGGGUGGUAUAAAGGGCUCUGAAGAACUGUAACAGUCACCAUUUUUAAUAUUGUCCAUGAUCUUUACCCUGGCGCUUACACAGUGCUGCAUGUGUGGUGCAUCUGAUCUAUAGCUAGAUUGUAGGGUUCCCUCAUCUCUCACCUUACAAUUAGAACACAGAAUUUCUGUGUGCUCUGUUGUGAAGGAGAAAACCUUAGCAUUUCUCCUUGAUGUGAUUAAUCCACUGUUUUAAUUUAAAAUGUGCCGGAGAAAGAAAAGCCCUCUGGAUGCUGGCUGCUUCCACGGGAAACUGGCUUGCCAGAGGCACUUCUUGGAUUUAAGAGACUCAACGGUUGUCAAGGAACUUUUGGAGAAUCUUAUGAAUUAUUUCGUAACCCAGAGGCAAUGGAGAUUGGCCAGUACCAAUGACUGUCUUGCCUGGUUCAUUUCCCAGCCGGUGCCGCAUGGGACACUUGCUACUGUUUGUUCUUUAAUGUCCUAAUUACUGAUGUGCUUAUGCUUUCCCUUGGAAGACUGUCUUGGAGAGACUUUCAUUUUGCCCACCUCCUUGUUUUUCUUUUCUUUGGACAAUGAUGGGAGGCAUCACACUUCAUACAAAUGGUCCUAGUUGGAUAUCCGAUGCAGUUGCUGGUUGACCAAAGGCUACUACAGAGAGUGCUCAUCUUCCUACAGUUUCUUGGCUGAAAGUGCUUAUUCCUAAUUUCUGCCUCUGGAGAUAAAGCAGAAGGACCAGCUAGCUUCUCUAGUUGACCUUGUUUCAGAACCAGAGGCCUACUUUUUGAAGACAGAGGGUCUAUUUGACAGCAGUUGUUGGCUAUCGAAAAAAAAGUUCUAAAAGACUAACUCCAAAGUUUGAAUUUAAGAAAGGAGGGCUAUAUUAAGCGUAAUACUUGUCUGCAUUAGACUCAAACUGAACAAUGUGAAUAGAACCACAAGUCACAUUUGAAAUAUAGGGAAUUAAGCAUGUUUGCAGAACUUGCAAAGCCAAUAUCACUCUUGAAUCUGUUCCUCAGCCACUGGCUGUGAAUCAUUUUUAUUUUUAUUUUAUAACCUGCUGAGGAUUUUAUGAACCCUCUCUUCUAAGAUGGACUAGUAUUUUUAUUAGUUAAGAGGAGUUUAUGACGACUGCAAUGACAGAAAAUAAUAUGAGGCACCUUCUUCCAAAACUACCAUCGAGUUCUGACUUUAGCUUUGCCCUCUGGUGACUUUUAGCAGAUAGCCAGGACCCUGCGGAUUCUACCCGUGGAAGCUGAAUUAGUAACUUGGAAUUUGAUUCUCUCCUUGUGCUUUGUAGUUUCAUGCAACAUAGAGGACAGCUUUUUCCUGUCAUUCCAACCAAGCCCAAAUGUCCAGGUUUCAGGGAAGGGCUGCCCCUUUCUCCAUCAAAGAGUAGAGGCUAUUUGAGAAAUGAGGGGAGAUCCCAAUAUGGUAGCAUGGAAAGAGUUCAUUUUCAUUGACAUUCAAGUGUGUAUAAGCCAACAUGUGUCCAGCAAGUUUUCUCAAGAGCAAGAACUCCCUCACACUGCAAGAAAACCCUCUUCAGUCACUUUGUUCUUGUUUAUAGAAACAUUAAUCAAAACUCUUCAGGGAAAACAGAUUGUAUCUGAGUGUUAAUUCUGUAACUUCUUAAAUUGCGACAGAAGUAGACUAAGUUAUCCAGCAGGGAAGCAGAAAUGAUACCAGGUUUACUGGUCCACAGACCACUGCGGUUCAUAAAACACCAGUUGGUGGUGGGCUGUGAAAUAACGACAGAGGAAAUCUAUAUAUGCAUACUUUUCAACUGCAAGCAGACAGAAAAGUGGGAAGGAAAUAGACUCUGCUCUAGAUGCUUAUUUCUAGUUUUAAUUGGCUAUAAAUGAAACCCAUUGUGACAGCAUUGCACAAUGCAAUGUGAACCCUUUUUUCCAGUAAGAUUACAGUGUCUUUGACUUUUGAAAAGAGACUGAGAACUAAGCGGCUCCAAUACAGCACACUGAAAGAAAUAGCAGUAGGGAAUCACCUAGCCUCAUUCUUUCUAUAUUGCAAUUUAUUGAUGCUUAAUUUUUCAGCCAUUCCAAAGAGCUGAUGUUCAUAUGUCAGCCCAUUCGUGAUGGAAAAAGUUGAAUGUUUCACAUAUGGGAGUUAUUGCUAUUCUAGGGUUUUGUUCUUCUUGUCAUGCAGUUGAAGGAAUAUAUCUUACUCCCCAAAAACGAAUCUUCUGUCUCGAAUAAAGUGCCUUCAUAGCCACUGGAGUUACCCUAAUUUAAGAUAAUGUGACCAUGCCACAUAGAGAGGGCCAGAUAAGGACACCCAUGCUGCUGUCAGCUGCUUUCCACCUCAGACCAUAGAUUCAUAAGAGAGAUAAAAAAUCAUGUAAUAUUUCUUUGAUUAAGAAAGGACCUGCAAUAUCUGGGUUUCUUGCUUAUUUGCAGAGCGCCCUGCCAUUCCGGAAUGCCAUUCCAGGAAUGGAGGGCAAGGGCUGCUUCUGUGCAAUCAUUGAUCUGGUCUUGGCAAGUGCCUGCUUGGCAGUAGAAAGUGCUGAAAUGCCCAGUUGCUAUCUCUGCGAUUGUAUUCAUGAUAGCACUAGCUAAAGUUAGGCUAACUAAGCUGGGGAAGUUACCUUGUGUGAGACAACCCCAAAGCAAAGUCUUCAGCAGUAGGUAUUACCACACAGGGCAGCUAAGUCCCUCUGUGCCACUAUCUAUCUCCAGCAGCACAUCAGUUAAAAACACUGAUGUGAGAGCCUUCCAUUUGUUGACCUGACAUAGGAGAGGGAUGACACUUGAGGUUAUAUUAAAUUAACCCCCACAAGUAAGGACUGCUCAUUCCUAUUUCUGCUAAGUUUAAUGCCUAUAAUGUGCCUUGUUACGGUCUUCUGAAUGUUACCCCAGCUGUAAAAGCAGAUUAUAAAUGUGUAGAUCCUCUUCAAUGAAUGUCACAUGUCUAACUGAAAUAUAAGAGAACUUUCAACCAGUUGCUCUUGUGUGUACUUCCUAGACUAUAAAUUGCUUUUUAGUGUUUGCACCAGAAGUAGAACUGAAAAUUCUGUGUUCUUAUUUCUGGAAUUAGCCUUGUUACCCAUUAGUAAGAAUCUGCUGUUGUUGUUUGUUGGACAAAAAUGCAAAAUUACUUGCUUCAAUGGGGGAUUUUUUUUUUCUUAUUUCGGAGACUUUUUUUCUUUGUUUUUCUGAGGAAGAUCAUUUGAAUAAAUACCAAGAGAGGGGAAAAAUAUAUGGGAAACCAUUGACAGCCCUCUUUAAUGAUGUGACCCACUCUAGCCAUCACUGACUGGCUGCCAUGCCUGUAAAAUGAGAACAGUUACUGUUUGAUUCUAAAGCAGUUGAAGCACCAUGAGAAGAAAAGUCUUCUAAAAAUUUUGUUUGGUUGAUAA